AGUGAGAAAAAGGACGCAUCGCUCCCUUCACUUGUCAUUUGUUGUGGUGCGGCCUUUCCUUCCUCCCCGCCAGCCACACACUGACGGCACAAUGUUGAUGCCCAAGAAGAACAGAGUGGCCAUCUACGAGCACCUCUUCAAGGAGGGUGUGAUGGUGGCCGAGCGGGACCUCUUCCUCCCUAAACAUCCCGAGCUGGAGAAGAUUCCCAACCUGCACGUCAUUAAGGCCCUUCAGAGCCUCAAGUCCCGCGGCUAUGUGGAGCAGAACUUUGCCUGGCGCCACUAUUACUGGCGCCUCACUAAUGAGGGUAUCCAGUACCUGCGUGACUACCUCCACCUGCCUGCUGAGAUUGUGCCAGCUACUCUGAAGAAGCCCACACGCCCCGAGGGAAGACCGCGCCCCAUGCAGAGUCGCCCUGAGGGACCCCGAGGAGAGGGCUCCAGGGAUGCUUACCGCCGCGCACCUUCUGGCAUGGACAAGACUGGUGAUGCUGGUGCCGGCUCCUCCACUGUGGAAUUCCGUGGCGGGUUUGGACGAGGCUCCAAGAGGCCACAGUAAAGUUAAUAUAAUAAAGAGAAAAAUUG